UCGCCCUUGCCCUGAGCUGGGGCGGCGGUGGCCGCGACCGCGGGGCUGGUGCGGCCCGGCCCGGUGCAGCCCGGUGCAGCCCGGUGCAGCCCGGCCCGGCGGGCGCCGCCGCUAUGCUGUGCUACGGGGAGGGUCUGCUGAGCAGCCUGACGGCGCUGCUGGGGGCGGUGCUGGUGCUGAGCCGCAGCCCGGCGCUGGCCUGCCUGCUGACCGCCAGCCUCUACCUGGCGCUGCACCUCUUCAGCCUGGAGCCCGCGGCGCCUCAGACCGCGCAGCGCGUCCUGCGGCCUCGCGGGGCCGCCGCCCGCAUCGCUCACCGCGGCGGCGCGCACGACGCGCCCGAGAACACGCUGGGGGCCAUCCGACAGGCAGCUGAGAAUGGAGCAGUGGGUGUUGAGUUCGAUCUUGAAUUUACUGCAGAUGGUGUUCCUGUUCUCAUGCAUGAUGAUACAGUAGAAAGGACAACUGACGGGUCUGGAAGAUUGUGUGACCUAACUUUUGAUGAAAUAAGGAGGCUUAAUCCAUCUGCAAAACAUAGGCUAUGGAGCAAAUUCCAGGGUGAAAAGGUACCAACUCUGAGAGAAGCUGUUGUGGAGUCUAUGCAUCACAAUCUUAUCAUCUACUUUGAUGUCAAAGGCCAUGCAAAUCAGGCAGUUGACGCCCUGAAAAAACUCUACAUGGAAUUUCCUCGUUUGUAUAACAGCAGCAUAGUCUGUUCUUUCAUGCCAGAUGUUGUUUAUAAGAUGAGAAAAGCUGACAGAAAUGUUGUAACAGGACUAACACACAGGCCUUGGAAUCUGAGUCAUUUAGGAGAUGGGACACCCCGUUUCAGCUCCUUGUGGAAACACUACUGGUAUAUGAUGAUGGAUGUCAUUCUAGACUGGAGCCUACACACCUUCUUGUGGCGGUUGUGUGGGGUUUCAGCUUUCCUCACACACAAAAAUUUUGUUUCUCAGGAGUACGUGAGGUACUGGUCUUCAAAAGGAAUUCAAGUGGUCGUCUGGACAGUGAACACAUUUGCUGAAAAAAACUACUGUGAAACCAUCCUUGAAUCCAGCUACAUCACUGACAGCUUGGUGGAAGACUGUGAUUCUCUUUACUAGUCUGGUGCUCUGCAGACACCCACCAGCUCCAAAAAGCCAUCUUACUUGGGCAGGACUGAGUAUUCACCAUCAAGGUUACCCAUGGGUGCAGACGGGACUGUUGAGCAUAGUUCUGGGGAACUAGAGCUGUAUUUCACAUCUGCUGUAUGGUCAGAUCUCAAAUGCAGAAAACCCCUCUGCUGCAGCCUGAGGUACAGCCAUUCAUUCAGAGCCUGAGCUCACACUGCCUUGUAAAAGAGUCAGAAUUGACAAGCUCAUGGGGAAAGAUGCCAGAUGUGCAGGUUGCUUUAGAAACCUCAGACUAUGCCUUUGCUUUAAAUCUUUGUUAUAAGGUCCCAUCAACAAUUUUUGGUGUCAAAAUUUAAAAGAAUACUUUGAUUUUAGUAAUUGAAACAGUCUGUUCUACAACUGCAUAAUAAUUGAUGUUGAUUUAUGGAAUCUUAAAAACAUCUCCAUUACCGUUUUGAAAAACAACCUGUAACUAAUGGUGCCAAAAUACAGCUUGAGUGUAUUUCCCUGCUACUGCAUGAAAUAUGGCUGUGCUCCAUCAGGAAAAGAAAGUCAGCUUUCCAUGUUCAAUGUGAAGACUAGGAGUGUCAAUUAAUAAAACUUGAGUAAUUCUUUAUCUUCCACCCUUUUUAAAAGAGCCAAGGGAGGAAAGAAGAGUAUUUCUUCUCAUGACACAGCACAUGAAUGUACUUAUCUUUAAAAGCAAGCUAGCUAAAGACUGCUGGUACUGGUAGAACAACAGAGCCUAAAUACCUUUUUACUUUGCUUAUUGUUUGCAUGAUUGAAGGGCAUUCACAAGAAUAUGUAGGAAACUAAUCCAGAUUUAACUUGAAAUCAGGAGUGUCUGCAGUUCCAAUAAAGUAUCCGAUAUCUCA